CUGUUGAGUGUGUAGUGUCACUGUGUCAGACUGUCAGUGCUCUGUGUAGUAGUUGUCAAGUCGCAGCGGUACGUUGUCGUAGUGUCUUAUCCCUAUCUGAGCUGUCGUGGAAGUGACGCAAGUUUCUCUGGGUGUGGACGUCGAGGAUAGUUAUGAGUUAACAUUCCUAAGUCUGAAGUACGGACGGCACUAUACUGCUGACUGUGAAGUGUGUGAUAACGUUAUCAUAUCUCUACAGAUGGCGGCGGUCGAGAAGAAUGGAACAGCAGCGACCGCGGCAGUGUCGCGUAUCCGGCCACUCAAGAUCACCGCAGUAGGCGACGGCAUGGUCGGCAAGACCUGCAUGCUCAUCACCUACACCUCUCAGCAGUUCCCCACCGAGUAUGUGCCUACAGUAUUUGACAACUACGCUGACAACAUCACUGUGGAUGGCCAGGAGUACAAUAUGACGCUGUGGGAUACAGCUGGUCAAGAGGACUACGAGAGGCUUAGACCACUCUCAUACCCUAAUACUGAUUGCUUCCUGUUAUGUUACUCUGUGGGCAGCCGCAGCUCGUUUGAGAAUAUCCUCAGCAAGUGGCAUCCUGAGAUUAAACACCACUGUGCUAAUGUCCCUAUAGUUCUAGUCGCAACAAAAACUGAUUUGAGGAAUGACGAUGGUGACACCAUAUCAACUUCAGAAGGGAAAAAACUCAAGAGGAAGAUAAAAGCAUCAAGACUGAUGGAAUGCUCAGCCAAGAAUGGAGAAGGGCUCGACGAAAUCUUUAUUGAAGCUGUGAGAAGUGUAGUUAACAAAACAAAACGGAAGCAAUGUGUGUACCUGUAACAUGGCCAAAUAUUAAAGACCACAAAGUGAUAUUUUAUCCUUAGCUUUAAGCGUGUACAUUAUUCUUUCGUUUUAAUCAAUUUCAGUUAAAUUAAUAGUAGUAUUAUUUAUUAUCAUUUUUAUACCAAUCUGGUACUGAGCAACUUAUUUAUGUAUUUAAGCAUUUCACAAGCUACGUGUUUAGUUCAGUCUUGUUGUAAAUAGAACUAAUAAUUAUUUUGAUUAAGUAUUAUAAUAAGUAAUAACUUAUAAACUAUUUUAAAAAUUUACAAUCUAUACUUGUGUUUUUAAACGAUUUUGAACCUGUGAUAAAUUAAACACCAUAUAAUUUGUCAUGAAUGCCAUAAAUAAAUUUUGUUUCACCAAAGAGA